AGCAAAUCCACGCGACACACGACACGGUAUUCGGCACCAUCGCGGCUGGAUUUCGUUGCCAAAUAUCCCGUUGCUGUCUCCACGCUCGCACCCAUAAUCAGGAUCGACUCCUGUUUGUGCAUCGCCAGUCCGGCAACCCUACUGCUCUCUCUGUAUGAACAGGCCGUCAGUUGAUUGUGAGCUGUGUUCGUGUCGCUCGGAGUGCAGCUCUUCUCUUCAAGAUCCAGCCAACACUGACAUAUGACCGACGGAAGACAUUGAGGGUCCAGUACAUUAACGCCGUCACAAGCCAGGCCCUGUGUAUUCGCGUCAAUCGGUCAUCUUACUAAGACGGGCAUGAAGGGUGUCGACAUGGAGGCGUUGUCCCCCCGGGAUGCUAAUGCCCAACGGCUUCCUCGAGUGCACGAGCUAAAGACAAAGACUGCGGCCCAGCUCAAGACGACCAAGGACAAGGAGCACCCCCCUCCACCCCCGAAUAAUGUCGUCGAACCGCCAAGCGCCGACCGGAAGGAUGGGGUUGUGUACCAGGUUGGAAAAUUGCUGGGCAAGGGCGGGUUCGCCAUCUGCUAUGAGGGCAAGGCAGCGGGGCAAUCCAAGCGAGUCGCCCUGAAGAUCGUCAAGAGCCAGAUGCCCGCCAAGAUGGAACAGAAGUUCCAAACAGAACUGCAAAUUCACUCCAAGAUGCGCCACCAAAACAUCGUUCAGUUCCACCGCGCCUUCACCUUCGAGAGUUGCACCUACUUGGUACUGGAGUUGUGCCCGAACGGCUCCCUGAUGGACAUGGUGAAGCGCCGCAAGGGCCUGACCGAGCCCGAGGUACGCUUUUACACGGUCCAGAUCGCGGGCGCCAUCAAAUAUAUGCACGCAAAAGGAAUCAUUCACAGAGAUCUCAAGAUGGGCAACAUCUUUCUCGACAAGUACAUGAACGCGAAAAUUGGGGAUUUUGGCCUCGCCGCUCUGCUGCUCACAGGCAAGGACAUGCAGGUCAUGCGGCGGACGACGUUGUGUGGCACGCCAAACUACAUCGCCCCGGAAAUCCUGGAGAAGGGCAAGAAAGGCCACGAUCACAUGGUGGAUAUCUGGAGUUUGGGUAUCAUUGUGUUUGCGAUGCUCACUUCGAAACCACCCUUCCAAUCAUCGACCACCGACGAGAUCUAUCGCCGCGCGAAGGACCGUGACUACGAAUGGCCGUCAUCUGAGAACUCGCAAAAGUACAUUAGCCAGGAAGCCAAAGAACUUGUUGCCACCAUGCUCCAGGACGCCGACAGGAGGCCCGACCCUGACACGAUUGUCGCCCACCCCUUCUUCACGUCCGGGUACAUGCCCGUAGCCUCCGACAUCAACUACAAGCUGCGGGAACUCGCGCCCGAGAAUCCUGCCUUCUACGAGCCGCUGAACUCACAGACCCAAUCAGCGAACCUUCGGAAUGUCCAGGAGAUGUGCCGCGACUGUGGUGUCGGACCCUACUGCCAGUCGCAACUGGUUUUUCGAAACAUCUGGCGAGAAAUGGCCGAAGAAGAGCAGAAUGGUCUGACCCCAAUCAUUCCACUCGCCGAGGGCAUCGUCUACCGGCCCUUUGAUGAGAUCAAGAAUGAGCAGAAGAAAAUCAUGGAGCGAAUUGCAACACAACGUUUGUCAAAGCAAUCAUCCCAGCUUCCUGACAGCAGUGAUGAGCGCACGAGUCUGAAAGAGAGUACGCAGACACAAAAGAUAUCGUCCGGCUUGCUGCGGGCGCCACCACAAAGCUUUGCUGCCCAGCAGAGAGCCCAGCACAGGCCGACAGCUACUACGGGCGUGUCACGAUCUAAAACCGUCACGGAACCUGCUUCAAGGACCGUCGCUCUGCGACCACGCCCUACCAAGGAGCCGUCUGUUCCUCCUGAACAACCCUCAGACGAGGCCACCCCCGUCUCAAGGACGACAACUCGCAGCCUUCGCAGCCAGAUCGCGUCGACGAGGAGCCAGCCUGUUAUUGGCUCGGAUGACGCUGCCCGUCCACCUAGGGGGUCGGAUUCUACGCGAGAGAAGCGGCAGGAGGAGAGGCUAUCUCUUUUCAGCCCGUCCGAGUACCAAGAAACAGUCCCCGGCACGGAGCCCGAUGUCGUGCUCGAGCGACUCCGGAAGCUGCAGGCCGAGCUUGAGAGGGCGCUCAAUUCCCGCACCAUGGCGCUUGUGUCACCGAGGGACAAGACGCCGCCCGCGCCGCAUAUCGUGGUAAAAUGGGUCGACUACACCAACAAGUUUGGCCUGGGCUAUGUUCUGAACGACGGAAGCGUUGGGUGCAUUCUCCGCAGCAUCCCGUCGCCGGACGGGCCGAACCCGGGCAUGUUACCCCCCGCAUGUUUGCUGGUUCACGAUGCCGAGCGGCACUGCAUGCGCAAAGAAGAUCCGAGCUACAGCGCGCGCCACCAGAUUGUUCCCAUGAAGGAGGGGAUCUACUUCUACGAGAACAACGGCGAAAGCGGUAUCUCGCGCGUCCGGGUGGCUCCGGAGAACUUCAUUCUGCCGGUCAAUACAGAUGGCACGGUGGGCAAGUUGUCUGCUGGAAGGGAUAUAUAUGACCACCGCAAGCGGGAAAGGAUUGUGUUGUGGAAGAAGUUUGCCAACUACAUGAUCGCGUACGGGCGGGAGAUGGAGAGCCCAGGGCAGACGGAAGAGGCGGCCAUCCGGGUACCCACCAUUACCGAUCCCACAGUGCCUCCCGCCGAUGUGGUCACCUUCUAUCAGCGCUUUGGCGACGUCGGCUGCUGGAUGUUUGCCGACGGACACAUGCAGUUCAAUUUCCCCGACCACACCAAAAUCGUCCUCGACGCGUCGGGAACGUGGUGCCACUUCUGGCACCUGCCACAAUCAGCAGCGAGGACCCUCGCCGAGACGGGCUCCCUCGCUGAAUCGGCACUCGACGACCGCGCCGUCCUCUCCUACCCGUUACAGACCCUCCUCAACUUCGCCAAGCACCCUUCCGGAAGCAGCAGCGGUAGCGGCAGGAGUGCUAGCACCACCACCACCACCACCACGACGUCAUCAUCCACCACCGCCCGGCGCACCAGACCCCAGAUCAGCCCGGAACUGCAGGGCAUUCCCGCGGCGAACCAGUUCCGGCAGAAGAUUGAGUUUAUAAGGGACGUGGUGCGCGAGUGGAACGCCAACGGCGGCCUGGGCAACAGCGAUUUUUCCAGGGUGGGGAGGCUGAUGUGGACGGGCAUGAGGGAGACGAGGGGCGGCGUGCAGAUACCGGCCAAGCACGUGUGGGUCACGAUUGGGGCGAGGAGGGGGGACGAGAGGGUCGCGGCCAUGGUGGACCCCCGGAGGCCUGGGGUUUUGGGGGCGGAUGUGGAUGAGCGGAGGCGGUAGGCGGUACACUGUCGGGUCUUUCUCUGUAGGAGGACAGUGGCAGGAAAAAUGGCGGGUUGUGAGUGUUUUGGUGUUGAGGCGGUGGAUCUGUUGUUUGGCGCGGCGGCGUUGGCAGGGCUGGGGUGUACGGGUCGGUGGCAUGCUACGACGGGACGGUUCCUCUCUUUCUUUUGCUCUUCCUCUGUUGAGGCUACUUCUUUAGACUGACCGGGUGUGUGGUAUUUGAGACAGAGGGAAGUAGGUGAGGUUGGUUAGGUAUUGAGGGACAUGGGAGGACGGUGGAGGGGUUGGAGCGAGCUCAGCUUGACCUGCUCGUUUUCUGUUCAUUUCAGUUGUUGAUGUGCAUAACGGCAUUCAUAGUAAUACUUGUGUAUGGACUAAACGCUUUGAUGGCU